CGCAAAGAAAGAAAAAUGAUAGAAUGAUUGAGAAAGAGAAAUACGAUGCUUCCUCCUACCAUCCCUUUAUACAAAGUCGCACACACACACUCAUUAUUUUUCACCUUUCUCCUUUCUAUAUAUAACCCUUUUCCACUCAACUUAGACAAACACGAUCCUAUCCUCUCUUAUCUUUCUUCUCAUAAUUCUUCUAAUAAAAACAACUUCAAUUCAAUUAAUACACAUAUAUACUAAUGGCUAACGCUGAAGAAGUUUCAGCUCUUAAAAGCAUCAAACUGCAUCUUCUUGGUGAAUUUUCACCACUUCCAUCUCCAAUUUCACAACCUUGGAGUUUUGAUUUUGAUUUUGAUUUUCAAUUUCAAACCAAUUCUCAACCCCAAACAAACUCUUCCACUUUUGAUUCUUCAAUCUCUUAUUUCACAAAUCUUAUUGAAUCAGAGACACGUAUUCCGGUCUUUGAAAAUGACUCCAAGACUCAACCAAUUGAACCGGCUAGUCCUGAAACCCUAAUUUCUCAUACUCAGAAAAUCGUAGAGAAGAAGCCUCAACUGAAUCGUAAACCAUCGCUGAAAAUCGCUCUACCGAAUAAAACCGAAUGGAUCCAAUUCGGAAACCCGGAUCCGAACCCGGAGGUGGUUGUUCAGAAACCGGAAGUUGUUGAGAAACAGCACUACAGAGGAGUUAGACAAAGACCGUGGGGAAAGUUCGCCGCCGAGAUCCGCGAUCCGAACAAACGCGGCUCAAGAGUUUGGCUUGGAACUUUCGAAACGGCUAUCGAAGCCGCCAAAGCCUACGAUCGUGCCGCUUUUAGGCUUCGUGGAUCUAAAGCGAUUCUCAACUUUCCAUUAGAAGUCAACGCCAUGGCGGCAGCGGCGGCGGUGGAGAACUCCGGCGAGAACAAAAAACGUUGCCGUGAAGAGGAAGAGGAUGAUGUAGUGGAAGUGAAACCGGUGGUGAAAAAGGAGAAAACGGAGGAAUUUGAUGUAAACUGUAUUAAAGAGAUGCCGUUAACGCCGUCAAUUUGGACUGGGUUUUGGGAUGUUGAUGUAAAGGGAACGUUCAGCGUUCCACCGUUAUCGCCGUUAUCUUCCUUUUGUUUUUCACCUCUAGUGGCUGUGUGAAUUUUCUAUUUUGGGUUUAGUUUAUGUAUUUCACCUCUAGAGAUGACAAAUGCACAUUUUAUGGAAUUAUUAUUUAAUUUAUUCA